AUGGAUCCUUCAGUUAACUUAAACUUUCUCCCAAAUUACAACUGCAUGCACUGGCAAUGGAAGAAUUGUCCUAAGGCUUGGCAAUGGCAGUUUACUAGUGGACACAAGGGGACGACAACAGUUAUCCUUGAGGCAGUGGCAUCUUUUGAUUUAUGGAUAUGGCAUGCUUUUUUUGGUUUGCCAGGUACAUUGAACGACAUUAAUGUACUAGAUAGGUCACCGGUAUUUGACGAUAUUGAGUCCGGUGAAGCCCCGGAGGUGAAUUUCAUUGUCAAUGGGCGACAAUACAAUCGUGCUUACUAUCUUGCAGAUGGAAUAUAUCCGAAAUGGCCUGUCUUUGUCCAAUCAAUUCAAUUGCCCCAAGGCAACAAAGCGCAGUUGUUUGCCAAACAACAAGAAUCAUGUAGGAAGGAUGUGGAACGCGCAUUUGGGGUUCUCCAAGCACGAUUUGCUAUUAUUCGCCAGCCCGCUAGAAUGUGGGACAUUGAGGUCUUAGGUAAAAUAAUGAGGGCUUGCAUUAUUUUACAUAACAUGAUAGUCGAGGAUGAACGGGAUAUAUAUUUGCGAAACUGGGAAAAUAUUGACUUCGAACCAUCGAACAAUGCUAGUGCUAGCUCUAGCUCAUCUUUCAAUGUCCAAACACAAGUGUUGCCACAAUUUGAAGUGCACGUUCUAGCCCGAGCCGAAUCGGAUAUUCAUACUAGAGCCGAUCUACGUGAUAGGGCCAAACACAUUCAGUUGAAAAAGGAUAUCGUCGAGCACAUUUGGCAAAAAUUUGGAGCAACCUUCGAAUAG